AUGGAAAGGUCGCAACAGCAGUCGCAAUGGAGAGGUAUAGCUGUCUCAGAAAGCCUAAGGAGCAGGAUUGCCGCAGUUGACCGAUUAAGUGACCGACUUAUGAGCAUUAAGAUAGACACUGGUAGAAAAAUCCUUCGAAUUGUCGCCGCCUACGCUCCUCAAACCGGAUGCAAGGAGGAAGAAAAGAAUAUGUUCUGGCAGGAGCGUGACGAUUACAUCGCAUCCAUACCACAGGAUGAGAUACUCCUGCUCGGAGCAGAUCUAAACGGUCAUGGCAAAGUUAUCCCAGGUAAAGCUGCAUACCUCAGCAUAAGCCACUGCUUCUAG